CAGAAACGAUGUUUUCAAUUCGUCACCGUUUGUGGCACCGAAACCGAAACGAUACUACGGGACGUGUCGCGAGUGUCAAGGUCAUUUUCGGGACUGACCCACUCGUUACGGCAGGGUAGAAUGGAACUAGACAGGUAGAGCGUCCCAAUUUAUGCUAAGGAAGAGACUAGAAUUUGAAAAAGCCUCAGGGUAGACUAGACCGGCGCGUUUAUCUCCGACACAUCUCUCCCCCUGUAUUUUUCCGGGAAGGCACUCGGGGAGUGUUUGUGGAGUUGAGCGUGGGGGAUAGAAGAACGGGGGGUAUCAACUAAGUCCCGCUCACCUGUGGCGGAGUAGCUCAGGUGCGGCCGAGACUCCAGUGAAGUGUGCAGGCGAGUUAUACGGACGAACGUUUUUCCAGUUUGUAAGAGUACUAUCGAGUGGAUCUACGCGAACUUAAAGCUGGGCUAAAUUUAGUUUAUUUAUUUGUUUUUUUGAUGAUGGCCCAGCUAAGCCCACUUGGCCACGCUGGUAGCCCGAAUGCUGGAAAUGCACAGAAGAGAAAGGUGGACGAUUCUGAUGAUGUCACAGGUAGAUUGUCGCCUGGUAAAUCGGAUGAUAUGCCAUCUGCCUUCGGUCUGAUCGAUUCACCUAAUGAGGAGCGUAGAGAUCUGGUGGGAAGUCACGCUGCAGCAGCAGCGGCUCUUGGUCCUAUAACCAGCAUCGGUACAGUGGGUGGUAGUGCAACAUCAUUCAACACAACUCCUAGAUUAACUCAUACACCAACAUCAGCCGACUUCCAACCACCCUACUAUCCUCCGCCAUAUAAUAUCCCACAACAGCAGUUAGAAUUUCACCAUCCUCAUGUAAAUGCAGAUCCAUAUACACAUCUGAAUCCACUAGCGGCAGCGCAACAUCAACAACAAUAUCAACAGCUUCAUCCACCUCAAAGAGGCCAUGGCCUUGCUAACAGAAGAGACGAUGAUCCACUUCACAUUCCAACAAGCAUGCAUCCUGGACUUUCGGGAACUUAUGUCGAUGCUGGAAGGCGAGUGGAUGCUGCAUACAGUAAUGUCAGACGUCCGGACGUUUUGAUGCAUGGUCCUCAUAUGAUCUCUGAACAGGACUUAAUCAGUUUACAUACACCGGGUGGUCUUCCAACUUUAGAUGAUGGACAGACACCUACGGUAGAAGAUGCUAACAAUUUAUUUUCAACGGAUCACAAUAGCGUUAUAAGGAAAGGAAUGAAACCAAGAAAUACAGAAAACCAUAAAGAUAUACAAUUAUCGGGUGCAUCUGGACAAACGGACGUAUUUUGCUCAGUUCCGGGUCGUCUUUCUCUUCUUAGCUCCACGUCGAAAUAUAAAGUAACUGUUGGAGAAGUUCAAAGGAGGUUAUCUCCACCAGAAUGUUUAAACGCAUCUCUACUGGGUGGUGUUUUAAGAAGGGCCAAGUCAAAAAAUGGUGGACGAUCACUUCGAGAGAAACUAGAGAAAAUCGGUUUAAAUUUGCCUGCAGGUAGAAGAAAAGCUGCCAACGUCACUCUUUUAACCUCAUUGGUGGAAGGUGAGUCUAUUCAUUUGGCUAGAGACUUUGGAUAUGUUUGCGAAACAGAAUUUCCAUCUCGUCAAGUUGCAGAAUAUAUAUGUCGACAUAGUGAUACAAACGAUCUAUUCAGGAGAAAAGACUUGAUUAUCGCCACUAAACAAAUACUCAAAGAAUUUAUCGAUUGCUUAAAUCAAGAUCGUUCACCCCUUUGCAACACAAGGCCUCAAAUUAUUCUGGAACCGACCAUUCAACGUCACUUAUCACAUUUCUCACUCAUAACUCAUGGUUUUGGUAGUCCAGCUAUCGUAGCUGCAUUAACAUCGUUUCAGAACUUUUUGAACGAAUCAAUCAAAUAUAUAGACAAGCAAAUCAGUGGUAAUGCCUAUACUACACAAGCUGGACAUGUGACUAAUGCCAACAUAGUAGAACCCAAGAAAGAAGAAAAGAAAUAGUUGAAUUAUUUGAAACUGUGCUCAAG